AUGGACAACGUGUAAUUCGAAGUCUAGAGUAUUUUACUUCGUAUAAGAGAUUACAAAAAGACUAAUCAAUUAGCAUUAGGGUCUUUUGGAUAAAUCUUUACUUAAGGCACUUUAAAUGGACUUUUGAAGUAUGAAGACCCUGAUGAGCAAGUUUCAAUAGCUUUAAUAAAUUUUUAUUCUAAAAUUACUUAUUUAGAAGGAAAACAAGUGUUAGAGUUAAUGGUAGAUGCUGUAUAGAAAAUAACUUCAGUUAAUCAAUUGUUGUUGGAAAAAAAACUAAAAGUAAUGAAAUAAAGAUUAUUGAAAGUUUAUAAGAAAUGCAUUCGAGCAUCCAGAAUUAGAUGUUUCAAUAAUGAAUAGUCUAAUAAAAAUGAAUAGAUAAAUAGAAUCAAGUGUACCAAAUCUAUUAAUAAGAGAAUUGGCAAGAGACUCUUUAAGUUAAGGAUUAAAAAGAAUGAGUUAGACAUGCAAUGAAGAAUUAUUAAUAGCUGCAUUACUUGAUUUAAGGAAUGAAGUAAUAUAGUAGAUUGCAAAUAGAAAUAAUGAAACUGUAAAACUAAUAGAAUACCCAUAUUCAAUAAUGAUAUUUAUCUUAUAAUUAAGGAAGCCAUUGUAAUUUAUAGUUUAAUAUUAUAUACCAAUGUUAUUAUAAUUAGUGAAAUUUGAUCAUCCAGUGAUUUGGAAUUAUUUAAAUUAAGCAAUGUUAUUUGUGUUAAAUUUAAAUAUGCAAGAUAAAUUAGGAGAUGAUUUAUUUGAGACAAGAACAUUAUUUGGAUAAAUAGUAUUAAAGGGAAUAUCAAAUCAUUUAAAUAGAUUAUCAAAUAUGACUAUAACUGAUAUGGCAUAAUAAUGUGAAAUAGAUACUCAUUUUUUUGUUAAAUUUUUAAUGGAAUUGUUUAGUAAUAAAGAUAAAAUAAAAUUCAUAUUUAAGAAAUGUGAUAUGAAUCCAUUUUAGAAACCAGUAUUUUAAGAAGUUGUAUAUAAGAUAUUUGAAUUAAGUAGAGUUUCAAAAAGAUUAUAAUGUGAUGAUGGUAGAACAUUAUAAAAAUAAAUUUAUGAAUUAUAAGUUUAAUUAUUUAAAGCUAGUUUAACUAAAAAGAGUUAAUAAUAAACAACUAAAUUAAUGUAAUUUGUAUAAGAUUUUACUAAUGAAACAAGAAAUUCAAUUAAAGGUAUGCCACAUGAAUAAGUUGUUAAUUUUCUUAAAUAUUGUAAUUUAUUUAAUGAAAAAUUAAUGAUUGAAAUAUUAGGAUGUCAUAAAGAAGAAUGUGUUACUAUUAUGGAAAAAUAUGUAAAUACAUUUGAUUAUUCAUAAUUAAGUUUAGUUGAAGGAUUAAGAUAUUUAACUUCUAAUUUUUUAUUAUUUGGUGAAAGUUAAAUGAUUGAAAGAGUCUUGAAUUCAUUUACUAUUAGAUAUUUUGAAUAAAAUAAAGAUAAUACUUAUUUUAAACAUCCUGAUUAUCUAUAUACUUAUACUUAUGCAAUAUUAUUACUUAAUACUGAUCUCUUUAAUAAAACUGUAACUAAACAUAUGUCUUUAGAUGAUUUUAAAAAAACAUGUCUUAAAAUUAAUAAUGGAGAAAGUUUACCUAAUGAUGUACUUGUUGCUGAUUAUAAUAAUAUUUAACAAGAUGAAAUUAAAUGUAUUAGAGAUUUUGCAUUAACAGAUGAUCUAAGUUAAUUUGUUUGGGAUAAAUAUUUAUCAACAAAAUAAGAAGCAAGAUAAAUAUAUUAAACUAUGAAUGAAUACUUUGAAAUCUAAACAGAUGAAGAACAUUAUGGAGAUUUAAUUUUAACUGCUAUGGUUCAUAAUAUAGAAGAAUUAAUAGCAUAAACUUAAGAUGUUUAAGAAUUAACUUCAUUUUUAUAAUAAAUUAUUGAUAUCUGUAUUAACAAUGAUAAAUUAGAUAAUGCAUAAUAAAUACUUAUUAGUGUAAUGAAAAUGAGUAAUGAUUAAUAUGAUAUGUCAUUGUAUGCUGGUUUCUAUAUUGCUGAAUAAUUAUUACCAUAUACAUAAUAAUUCUCUUCAAUUAUAUCAUUAAUCAAUAAUUCUAUUAUGUAAAGACAUAAAUUAGCUACUGAUAAUAUUAGUAAAGAUUGUAGAAAUGUUUUACGUAGAAUCAAAUUAAAUAAUAAAUUUACUAAAAAGAAAAUGGGAUCAAAUGAAGGAGUAAUUCAACUCUUUACUUAAUUCUUAAGAUAAACUACUGAUGAAGAAAGUGAAGAUGAUUUAUUAAAUGAAAUACCAAAAUAAGAUGAGUAACAACCUUAAAUUGGUAUAAAAUCUCCAUAUUUAUUAACAAAUCUAAUUAAUUAAACUAAAUUUUUAGACAAAGAAAGAUUGAAUGAAUUUUUAGGUCUUUUAUUAGAUUCUAUUUAAAAUAUUACUGAUUUUAAAAAAGAAUAUAUUAAGUUUGCAUAAAUCAUAUUUAUAUCUGUAGAAAUCUUAAGAGUUAAUACUGAUAGAUUAUUAUAAUUUUGGCCUACUGUAGUUAAUAUUUUAACUUAAAAAUAGAAAUUUGAAAGUAUAAAGAAGAAUUCAAUUAAAUAAUUAUUAUCAUCAUAUUGUGGUUAUACAUUAUUAAAAUUAGUUAUAGAAUUUUUACAUUAAGGAGAAAGUUUAGAAAAUUAUUAUGAUUGUUUUAAAUAAGGAUUAGAAUAUUUAAUUGAUUAAUCACUUGAAAUUUUAUAAGAAUUUUUAAUUGAAAUAUAGAAAUUUUUAAAAUAAAAUAGUGAAUUAGAUUUUUCUAUCAAUUUUCUUAAUAACAUAGUUUAAUUAUUAUUAACAAUAUUUACAGAAUUGGAGAAAAAGACUUUGGAUUAAACAGAUGCUUAAAUCAUAAUGAAUUUAAUUUAAGAUAUUUUUGAGUAGAUUUAAAGAUAUUAAUCUGAUAAAGAAUUGGUCUAAAUUCUUAGAAAACACUUAGAAAUAUUAAAUACUUUACUUAAAUAAAGAUAACUUAGAAGUGUUUCAUCUGUAGAUGGUUUUAUUGCUAAACACACAUUAUAAAUAAUGACUACUUAUGAAAAAUAUAUACAUGAAUAAGAUAAUGCAUUUUUAAAUGAUCUAUUAUCAUUGGCACUUAAUCUAUCAAAUGAACAUUUAUAAAAGAUAAUAUAAAUAAUGAUGUAAGUUAUCUUAAAUUAUAAUUACAUUGAUUUAAAAGAAAAAGAUUUUUCUAUUCUCUUUAAUUAAGUUACAUCUAGAUAAUAAUAGAUUCUCUUAACAAAUAAUGAUUAAAUUUUAGUCAAUUAUUCUUAAUAUCUUUAAAAGAUGUACUUCAAUUGGAUUCAAAAGGAUAGAUUUUCACUUUAAUUAUGGUUGGAUAUUUUAAAGAAGUUUGGAGAAAUCUUAACUAAUUUAAAAUAAAAUAAGAGUCCUCUUUAAGAGAAUGUUAGUUUAUCAUUUUAAUGUGUUUGUUAAAAUUAAUACUUUUAGGAUAUUUUGAAAUGUAAUUAUUAUAAUUAAUUUAAGCAUAAAGUAAUGAUGUUUAAGAAAAAACAAAACAAUUUGGAAAAUUACAUAAUUUAGAGUUAAUAACUUGA